AUGAUCCUUGAAGCAUGUUCAUUAAAGAAGGACCUAGAAUUAUGUGCUUUUGGGGGCCAAACUAUUAUAGGAGACAGAGGGAUCAACCUGAGCGGUGGACAAAAGCAAAGAAUUCAGAUUGCGUGGGCUUUGUACCAUGAUGCAGAUAUUUAUCUGUUUGAUGAUCCUUUUAGUGCUGUGGAUGCUCAUAUGGGAACUCAUCUAUUUAAGGUUAUGAAAGAUGGAAGGAUUACUCAAGCAGGAAAGUAUGAUGAAAUUCUUAGCUCAGGAACUGACUUUAUAGAGUUAGUGGGUGCACAUAAGAAAGCUUUGGCAGGCUUAAGUUCUAUUGAAAAUGGGGUUGCUUUGGAUAAUUUAAUGAAUGGUGAUGAAGAUGAUAAUAUAUACAGAGAGAAGAAUAUUCAAGAUGAUGAAGAAAAGGAACCCAAAAACUACAAAACAGAAAAACUGGAUGGAUCAGAAGGACAGCUUGUACAAGAAGAAAAGAGAGAAAAUGGUGGAGUUAGAUUUUCACUCUAUUGGAAGUCGAUGCUCAUUGUAGUUAUUGGAUACAAGACCACUACCAUGUUGUUCCAGAAAAUGCAUUUUUGCAUUUUUCAUGCUCCUCAAUCAUUUUUUGAUUCCACUCCAGAUGGAAGGAUUAUAAAUCGGGCUUCCAUGGAUCAAAAUGUAGUUGAUACCUCUAUUCCACUUCAAAUGGAAGAACUUCUUGUGUCAGUCAUAGAUUUUCUGGGAACUAUUGCAGUAAUGUCACAGGCUGCAUGGAAAAUAUUAAUAGUUUUUAUUCCAAUGACUCUGACUUGCAUUUGGUACCAG